ACUCAUUUGAUGUGUUUAAGAAUCACUGAAUGAGAGGAUUAGAGAAAAUAAAGAGGCUCUCUUUGGAUUGAUAUGGGGUGACCUUUGCCCCCAACACGAUAGAGUGCCUUGCUGUCUGCUGGGACCUAAUCAUAGGUCAAAGUCUGGCUGGCAGAGGCAGUAGGAACAGAGUGUGUUUUUGUCCCUCACUGUCUAAGCUCUUCUCACCCUGUAAGCAACACCUCACCUUGUGGAGAGCUUCCUCUGCUUGGAUUGUCACCAGUUCAACACCAUGCCACUUCGGACUGUGGCCCUGCUCCUCCUCUGCGUGUCCAUGGGCAUGUGUGCUACUAUAGGCCACUACCAGGAUCAAGCAAGUGAGGAUGAGGAGCCAGCUGUUGUCACUGAAGGUGGUGUAGCAGCUGCCUCGGUAGAAGCAGGUGAAGAAGGUGUAGCUCCUGUCGAGACACACUCACCUGCCGCUGAGGAACCUGCUGCUAAUUCCAUUUUUGGUGACAAUCUACUGGCUAAAAUAUUUGCAGGAGAUAACCCAGCAGCUGACAAACCUGAAGUGGAUGUCCCCGUGGCAGAUGGUGCAACAGCGGAAAAGCAAGGGACAGACAGUGACGGGCCUGCUGGAGACGCCCCUGGUAUGGAAGCUCUUACUGGUGAAGCUGUCGCCCAAGAGCAGCCUUCAUCAUCUGAGGACAAUGACAUCAGGCCAGUCCACACGAAUCAGUCCCCAAACAAACCCUUGGCACAGGAGGACGAUAACAGCUGGAGCCUUAACUCAAUUAGAAGCACUUUCCAGACCAUGAACGGAUACUUUGACUCCCUGGUGGAGCUGGCAGGAGGGCACAAUGGUGUAUGUCAGUACCGCUGCCGAUAUGGAGAACUCCCUCAACCUCGUCCAGGCUACCAGCUCCCAGAGCCCAACGGCUGCAGCUCCUCUUUGGUGGGAUUCCAGGUGAAUGCUGCUCUUGACCUGGGGAUCCCUGCUAUGACAAAGUGCUGUAACCAGCUUGACAUGUGCUAUGACACUUGUGGCACAAGCAAGAAUGACUGCGACGCAAAGUUUCGCACAUGUCUGUAUGGCAUCUGCUCCGACCUUAAGAAGAGUCUGGGCUUUGUGUCGAAAGUUCAAGCCUGUGAAUCUAUGGCCGACGCUCUCCACAGCACAGUGGGGACCCUUGGUUGUAGGCCUUACAUGAACAGCCAGAGGGCAGCGUGUGUCUGCGAGGGAGAGGAGAGGGAUGAACUGUGACACAGGACACUGAGGACAAACUCCCCAAAUGUGUUCACAGACAGAGUCAUGAGUAUUUAUAUAUAUUAUACUGUGUAUUUAUAGGCUUUAUGUCAAGACGGAGUUAACUUCACAAGAGCCCACUCAAGAUUCACAGCCUGGGAGUUAAAAAAGAAAAGAAAACAUCAGUGGGGAAUGCAAAUGAACAGUUUCUCAGGUUUUAUUCAUAGGCAGUACUGACAAAUAUUAAGUAUCUGAAUCUGACUUUCAGAAUCUUAAUUAACUGCUUAUGCAUGUUUUACUCUCCAUUUCAUUUUAGGCCAUUUUUAGGCCUCUAUGACUCCAUUACCAUAAAUUACUAUGACUCCAAACAAAGUGCCUGAUGGGAAGGAGAUUGCAGCUGGAUUAAUUUCCUCUAGAUAGAGAGACACAGUUUAAUUACUAUGGUGCACAUGAUUUGUUUUGUGCUAUUUAUCAAGAUGGUCGGCUCAAACCUUAAGUCAGUGUCGUGUAAAUCUAAUGCCUGUUAAACAUACUAUGUUAAUGUUUGAUCUAAGUUAUUUGCCAGUAUUUGUUGUUUUUUAAGAAUGAAUACAUGGCUAAUUGCAGUCAAACUGACAUGAUUAAUUGUAGAUUAAUUGUCAGUGAUGAAGCGUAUGCAUAAUUUCCGGGGCACGGCACACUGAUAUCUCUUUUCCACCACACUGGGAUGCGUGACAUCCUCCCCGAGCCAUCGAUUAUACUGAGCAAAUGAGUCAGAACACAUCUAUGGGUGCUCCACAUGUAUUUUUCAAGUCGGUGAUGGUGUGAAAUAUAAACCACUUCUUUAAAUCCACUAAAUCUUUAAGCUGUAAUCAGGCUUGAGAAAUGCCUGAAAGUGUGACCUAGAAAAACAUCCUUCAUGCGGUAGUUGUUACAAAUGAACUGUGGCCCCUCUGAAUGAUUUCUAAUAGAAAUGUCAUUCACUGUAAUGUCAGGAAGUUGUGC